AUGUCGCGUCCUGUUGCCAAGAAAGCCGCAGCAAAAGGCGAGUACAUUGAGACGCUUCAGCUACUGUUCCCUUCUAUCACACUAGUUGCAACCCUCCCCUCUAGUGCGCCGUUGACCUCCUACAAGGACUCUGGCAACAAAGUAUCGCGCCGGAGCGCCAUCACCGGAACUGCCAACAUCACCCUCGGCGGCCGCACCGUCAUCAUGGCCGACGUCGUCCUCCGCGGCGACCUUCACUCCACACGUCCCACUGCCUCCAGCUCAGGCAAAGAAGGAACGCCCACUAGUAUCAGCAUCGGAAAGUGUACAGUAGUGUCGACUGGUACCGUGCUCAAACCGCCUUGUAGAAUGAGUCGGGGCGCGCCGAACUUCUACCCGAUGAAAAUUGGCGACAACGUAUUCAUAGGUCCCAACUGCGUGAUCUCAGCUAUCGCAAUAUCUUCACACGUUCAUAUUGGCGCAAAUGUUACUAUUCAUCCCUUCGCUGUUAUCAAAGAAAAUGUCAAGGUUCUCCCUAACACAGUCGUUCCCAGCGCAAUGGUCAUUGCGCCGGGAUCUGUCGUAGGCGGUCGGCCUGCUAGAAUCGUCGGCGAAGUAGGCGAGGGUUGGGGUGUGAGCGGCGGCGGUGCAGGGGGUGGGCUCGGUGUGGGAGGAGGUGGUGAGGAGAAAUGGGUGGAGGGCGGCGACUUGAGAGAGCUGGUAAGGAGCAUCAGAUAA